GGAUGACGCGAUCGAAGUAGUCGGAAGUGAAAGUUGAUGGGUGGACAUUUAUAAAAUAAUUUCGAAACGGUUUGAACACGGAUUAGAAACUUAUUAGUUCUUUGUGAUUUAUAGUGUGUUCAUAUUUUUAAGAAGAAAUCAUGGCGAAGAUGAAUGAUAAAGAGCAAAUACUUGAGGCGUACAACGAUGUUAGAAAUGACGAAACGGCAACUAACUGGUGCUGUUUGAAGUACGAUGAAUCCAACACGCUCAGUUUGGACAGCAUGGGCGAGGAGUUUGAUGAGCUGAAAGCCAAAUUUGGAGAGGAUGAACGGGUGUACGCGUUUCUGCGAGUCCAGACUGGUGAUGAAAUGAGCAAGCGAAUGAAAUUUGCACUGAUAAUGUGGGUCGGCCCUCGCGUUUCCGCCAUGAAGAAGGCCAAAAUGAGCACAGAGAAGGCAUUUGUUAAACAAGUCUUCUUGAACUUUGCCGUCGAGAUGUUAUUUGACGAUCUUCACGACGUAAAAUACGAGAAAAUCCGAGAAGAGAUGAUCCGAGCUGGUGGGGCCAACUACGGCACAGGGAGAUCAUAAUGUUUCUAGACCUUAGACCCUUAGUUUUAUAAGUUGUUCAUUGUCAUUUCAUCGAUUACAUGGAAUUCCACAACAACGAUUCGACACUCGACUUUGUUCAUGAAAAAUGCUGAGUUUUUGAAAACUGUUAUCUGUGAAAAUGUGUGCAAUAUAUGAAUGAUUUUGAUGUUAUUUUAAUAAAAAAAAAAUGAAGAACAAUAACAGCAACUUGAAUACAACUACAAGCGUUUUGGUAUGUUGUAAAAUUUCACAAACUGACUUCAUGACAUAUUAUACAUGUAUAUUUAAACGUCUCUGUAAACAUUCCAGCCUGUUAAGGUAAGCCAUUCAUCAUUAGGAUGCAAAUAUGUGUUACUAGUAGUACAUUUUAGAUAUUAACAUGGAAAGUAUUGCUAUGUUUAAUUUAUAUUGAUUAACCAUUAUGUCAUUUUUGCCUGAAUAUCAUUUUUGAAUAACACGAUAUUGACGCUUAUAUUAAGAUAUGAUAUAUUAAAGGGAGGUAAUAAAAUAAAUUUUCACUAUGAUUAUAAAGCAAUUUUAAAAAUUUGUUUCUCAAAUGACAUUCUGUCUGUAUAAAAAGGCUGUCCAUGAAAACCUUUUGACACUUAAUAUUAUGCAAUUGUAAAAUGAAACAUUAGCAUUGUUUGUAUGUAUGAUGGAUGGUUUACCUUAUUACUCUCUGUUGUGAUGUUUCAGUAAACACUUCAACAAUAUCAUCCUGUGUACAUAGCCAAUAAGUUAUGGACAAAACUGUAUCUAUUUGUAUCUUAAAUGCUGAUUAAUAAAUAUUUUGUUUA